GCCCACAGAUAUAGCUACACUUCAGACUCAGUCUAUUUUGGCUCUGCUCACCUCUGGUUGUUGGAUGGUCGAUAAGCGGAGCAUGAAUUAAACAUUUCUGCUCCAAUUAUGAGAGCCAGAACAACUUUUGCUCUUAUCUGUCGACAGUUUUAGAGACUUGGUCGCUGCGUGGUGCGAAUUUAAUCAUUUUCCGAUUAACCGACGGGUGACCAUCAUGUUGUUAAGUGAUGGUGGAUGUAUACUGGUUUGCCAUUUCACUGGAUUAAGCUGGGGUCUCAGCAAGUGACACGUUUUCUUCUGUUUUGGGAGGUGGAGUCGAAUCUUAUGCGAAAAUGAUCUUAGUUUGGCUUUAACACUGCUCGGACUAAAGGUAAAAGUUAGUCCACGCUGGGUGACGUGGAGUGAAUCCUGAGAGACUGAAGCUGUGCAGUAUCUGUCCGCAGGAAUUAAACGAGAGCAGAAUCAAAAGAGCGCGGCUGAUAUGGGUUCUGCUAUGUGUGACAAGAGAUUAUUGGGCCUCAUCCUCCUGCAAGCCUCCUCCCUCCUGCUGUUCAGCUCUGGGGAAAGGAUGUGCCCCAAUAGCUGCCACUGUGAGGGCAAGAUUGUCCAUUGUGAAUCAGCUGGCUUCCAGGAUGUCCCAGAAAAUAUUUCAAUUAGUUGUCAAGGCCUGUCUCUUCGCUACAAUGACCUGCAUACAAUGCUCCCCUACCAGUUUGCUCAUCUUAACCAGCUACUCUGGCUGUACCUGGACCACAAUCAAAUUACAUUAGUGGAUAGUCGUGCUUUUCAAGGGGUACGACGAUUAAAGGAGCUGAUAUUGAGCUCUAAUAGGAUUUCGCAGCUCCAUAAUGUCACUUUUCAUGGAGUACCUAACAUUCGCAGUAUCGACCUUUCCUAUAACAAAUUGCAGGAGCUGCAGCCAGGCCAGUUCUAUGGUCUUCGAAAAAUGCAGAACCUGCACUUGCGCUCCAAUGGGCUCACUACAAUCCCUGUCCGGGUCUUUCUGGAGUGCAGGAGCUUGGAAUUCCUUGACUUGGGCUAUAAUCGGCUUCGCGUUUUAACUCGCACAGCGUUCCUGGGGUUAUCCCGACUCAUGGAACUCCAUCUGGAGCACAAUCAGUUUUCACGAAUCAAUUUCUUUCUCUUUCCUCGCCUUGCUAACCUUCGUGCCCUAUAUCUACAGUGGAACCAUAUUCGAGCUGUUAACCAAGGCCUUCCGUGGAGCUGGUAUACCUUGCAGAAGCUUGAUAUCUCUGGCAAUGAGAUACAGACACUAGAUCCUGUUGUAUUUCAAUGCCUUCCCAAUCUUCAGGUUCUCAACUUAGAGUCCAACAAACUGGCAAAUGUAUCUCAGGAAGUUGUGGCUGCCUGGAUCUCCCUAACAACCAUUAGCCUUGCAGGUAAUAUGUGGGACUGUGGGCCAGGCAUUUGUCCUCUUGUUGUUUGGCUCAAGAAUUUCAGAGGCACUAAGGACACUAGUAUAAUCUGCAGCAGUCCCAAGCACCUUCAAGGGGAGAAAGUUAUGGAGGCCACCAAGAACUUUAUUGACUGUGAUGAUUAUGAGAUCACUGCUCAAUCACCUUUGUAUCUGCAGACCUUUGAUCCAAGUUUUGAUCUUACCCCUGAACCAACUGAACCAACAAUGGCUCCAACAACACCUCCUCCACCCUUGCCUUCACCUGCCUCCGAGGCACCCAUUCCUCCUCCCCAGCCUCUACCACCUCAACAUCCCACCUUUCCCAUGACAACAGCUCCUGAACAGGACAGCGUGUCUUUUCAUAAGGUGGUAAUGGGCAGUGUGGCACUGUUCCUCUCAGUGUCUUUAGUCCUAUCAGUGAUUUAUGUCUCCUGGAAGCGAUACCCUGGUGCCACCCGACUGUUGCAGCCGAGUUCAGUUGUGGGUCGAAAGCGCAGGAAAAAGAGUCAGGAGCCAGAGCAGAACCUGAGCUCUCAGCUCCAGGAAUAUUACAUGAGCUACAACCCUGCAGCCACGCCAGAAGCCUUGGAGGUGUUGGGCAAUGGGACAGGUACCUGCACCUGCACCAUAUCCAGCUCCAGGGAAUGUGAGGUAUGA